AUGACCACACCCGUCAUUUUCGCUCGAAAACCAGAGUUCGUGCAUAAAACAUGCUCUUUUUGUCAGAAAGAAUUUGAGUUCCCUAUGCCGAACGCCACAACUUCAACAAUUCGCGUCCAAUGUUGUUUUUGUUCCAAAAAGAACACCUAUAACCCGAUAUCUUUGACUAAUUCUAAUAAUGUUGCUAAUGGAAAUGGCAUUAAAAAGAAUCGAAUGUUUGGAACAGAUCAAGAACCGUUGGAGACCGAGUAUUAUGAUCUCCUUGGGGUAUCACCGACUGCGGAUGCAAACGAAAUAAAGAAACAGUAUUAUAAACUGGCUCUCCAAUAUCAUCCAGAUAAGAAUAAAGCAUCAGAUGCAGAGCAAGUGUUCAAGAAAAUAUCGGUAGCAUAUCAGGUAUUGUCAGACCCUGCGUUAAGGAGAAAAUAUAAUGAAUUUGGAACACGAGAUGUUGAACCUGAAGGAGGCUUUGUUAAUCCUGAAGAUUUCUUCAAACAACAGUUCGGAGGAGAUCGAUUUGUCGAUAUAAUCGGCGAGAUAUCAAUUGGCCGAGACAUGAAAGAAGUACUACAAAAUGCAGCAGAAGAGAGUGACGUCGACACACCUGAAUUUAAAGCACGAAGAGAAGCAAACAAAAAUGUCAUGGACGAAGAACGAGAACGAAUUAAACAACAGCGUAUUGAAAAAUUAGUGGUAAAUUUAAUUCACAAACUGACAAUAUAUGUUGAGGCGAAUGAGGCUACCGGAGAGGAAGCGUAUCGUAAGAUGAUUGAAAUCGAAGCAGAUGAACUAAAGACAGAAUCAUAUGGCGUGGAAUUAUUACGCGCAAUUGGUUUCACUUAUUCGUUGAAGGCAAAACAGUAUUUAGGAAGGGAACAAAUGUUUGGGUUGCCUCGAGUUGGACAUAUUCUUCGAGAAAAGGGACACGUGUUUAGUGAAACACUUUCAACCUUGAAGUCUGCGAUAGAUUUACAACAGUCAUUUACUCAACUGCAAGAAGCUGAAAAAAAGGGUCUUGAUGAAAAUGAAAAGAAUAAAUUACAAGAGGCUACUGCAAAUAAAGGUUUAACGGCACUAUGGAAAGGUUCAAAACUUGAAGUAGAAGGUGUACUAAGGGAAGUGUGUGAUCGAGUGCUGUCAGAUCCAACAGUAUCAAAAGCAGAAUCACGAAAACGUGCGGAAGGAUUAGGAAUAAUUGGAAGUGUAUAUGAAAACGUAAAACCAGACAAUUCUGAAGUGAAAUCAUUCUCUGAAUGA